GAGAAGUUGGCCCGGGCUCACAUGCAGACUCGUGACGAGGCGGUCGGGCAGCGCGCCCGAGCCGCUGGCGUCCUCCUCCUCCUCCUCCUGGCUGCGUUUGCUGUAUUUUACGCCGGCAUUGGCGGACUCAGCGUCUCUCUCAUCGCUUCCCGCUUUUCUGAGGCGACGGACACUCAGCCGAUCGAGGAGUACUCCCUCACCGACCGCCGUCAUGCUCCGCUUCCGAAGGGAUGCCAUCCGGUGCCGUGGUGGAUGCAGACUCGGAUCGAUAAAGCAGUCAACGAGGCCAUGGCGAAGCAGGUCCCUUCGCCGCCGUCACCCAACCGGGUGCGGCUGCCGGGUAAGAUCCCGGUGCCGGGGCUGGAGCUGGUGCAGUUCGGCGCGAUCACCACGCGCAAGAGCACGGAGGCGGUCGAGGUUGGCGCGUGCUGGGACGACGACGCGUCUCGCUGGCUCCAGAUGUGGCCCGACCGGCUCACGAUACGGUUGUACGCGAUGCAGAUCGGGCUCACCUUUGCGUACGACCUGAUGGAGUACAGCGCGCGGGUGGGCGGCGGCGAGGGAGAGAUGGAGGCGUUCGGCUACCUCUUCCUCGACGUCGACCUCCACGGCCUCACGUCGAACCACACGCUCGCAGACUGCGACGGCCGCUUCUCCGUGACCGAGGUGACACUCUCUGGCGUCAUCCGAAACCACAAGGAGGGCGGCGAGUGGAGCGACGCGCUCGCAUUGCUCACUUGCCACGGCCCGCCGCCUGCGGACUGGCGUGGCUCCUUCCCGCGCCCGCGUGGCAUGCUCCACGACGUCAACGAGAGGCUUGGCAGGGAGCUGCCGGCCCUGCAGGACAGAGUGCGCAAGGCGCGCGCGCUAUGCGUCCUCCUCUGUUUGCUGGUGCUGCUUGGCGCAGCCUUGCUGCACCUCUCUUGCACGCGCGUCGACUUCGACGGGCGCGAGCCGGGCAAGACCAGCCUUCGCGUCGUCCUCCAACGGUGGCAGGGUCGCACGCGCGGGCGACUCCUCGCCGCCCUCUGCUGGCUCGACUGCACGAUGCUCGCGCUGCUGGCGCUGCUGCUCUGCACCGCCGUCGUGCUCGCGUCGCGUCGCGCCUUUGAGCAGCCGCAGAUCGCGCCGCCGCCGCCGCCCUACACGUGCGAUUGCUCGUGGACGGAGACAUACAGCUGCCCCGGCACGGCCUCGCCGCCGCCGCCGCCGCCGCCCGCGGCCUUCCGUUUCUCGCUCGACGAGGCGACGUGGCGCGACGCUUUCGGCGAUGUGUCUGACCUCUUCCACCCGCACGCUACGCCGGACCACAGCCAUUGCUUCGCCUUUUGCUGCCCGGGCGGUGCGCACACGCGCGGCUUUUGGAGCCUCGUCCCGAAGUCCUUCCGGACCGGGCUUCUGUUUGGAGGCGAGGGCGCCUGACGGAUCGGGCGCGCCAGCCUGCGCCCACGCGGCCUUUGCCCACUCUCUCGACGAUUGAUCGAGACACCUUCUCCCCUCUCCAGUCACUUCGUUGCCAUACUUGAAAAUUAAUGUUUCGGCAACCCCCGCCCUCCUGAUCUCGGCUGAUCUCCGCCCCAUCUCGGCUCAUCUCGUGGUCGUGCAGGCUGCACCUGCAGGGAGCCUCCGCGCUCCGGCGAAGAAGGAAGAUUUUUUGCAGCGGAUGUCAGAAAAAAUUGCUUUUACUCU